UCACGGUGUCAUGGCGGCGAGCGGUGCAGCUGUGUCAGUUUUAACUCCGAACGGCAGAAGACAGACAGUGAAAGUGUCUCCAAACACCCCGUUACUGCAGGUUCUUGAGGAUGUGUGCAAGAAACACGGCUUUAAUCCUGAUGAAUAUGGACUCAAGUUUCAGAGGAAUGUUGUGGAUUUAACUCUCCAGUGGCGGUUUGCCAGUCUGCCAAAUAAUGCCAAACUGGAGGUUGUGCCAUGUUUACGUCAUCAGCCAGGAGCAGAGAGUGUGGUUCGUAUCGCGCUGCAGUUAGAGGACGGCUCACGUCUUCAGGGGAAUUUCUCCAGCGGGCAGACUUUAUGGGAUCUCCUGACACACUUUCCUCAGAUCAGGCCUUCUGGAGUCACACCAGUGUGUGUAUACAUGAGAGAUGAGAUCAGCGGUGAGGCGGCGCUGAAGAAAACCUCUCUGAAGUCUCUGGGUCUCACGGGAGGAAGUGCCAUCAUACGAUACGUGCUCAAAACCGCCUCUGCUUCAGAUGACCUCACUGAUGCCGUCCCCAAAGCAACCGAAUCGCUGUCUCCUCCUCCAGAAACAUCCAUCCUCCCUGUUUAUGUGGAAACUCAUGCUCCACCCCCGGAGGCCUUGCCCCCGGUGAACCAGACACUUCCUGUCAAACAGGAAGAGGAGGAGCCUAAAAAAGUCCAAGAGCAAAGCGUGCGACCCAAAACUAGACCGGCUGCUGACCGGCGGGAUCUGGUGACACAAACAGACGAAGAGCGGCCAGGUACAUCCCAACAACAGCACGGCUCCGCCCACCCGGCCACGCCCACUAACUUUGUGCCAUUUUCUGGAGGCGGUCAGCGUCUGGGGGGAGCAGGGACGAGCGGACCGAAGACCCCCACAUCAUGGACAUCAUCUGUGUCCGCCAGCCCACCUAAAGCCAAAAAACCCAAACCAAACCAUGAAGUCAAAUCUGUUGACAGGGAGCCGCUGAUCUUUCAUCUGGACUCAGGGUCCCGUCGCCAUGACAACACAGAACUUCCUGAUGAGUUUUUUGAGGUGACGGUGGAUGACGUGAGGAAGAGAUUUGCACAGCUGAAGAGUGAGAGGAGAGCUCUUGAAGAAUCUCCUCUCAUGACUAAAUCUCUCAGAGAGGCUCAGAUGAAGGAGAAGCUGGACAGGUAUCCAAAGGUGGUGUUAAGGGUUCAGUUUCCCGACCGGCAGGUUCUGCAGGGCUUCUUCACACCUCUGGAAACAAUCGGUGAUCUGAGACAUUUCAUCACAUCUCACCUGCAGGACCCACUAAUGAAGUUUUACCUGUUUGUUGCUCCACCUAAAACCAUUCUGGAGGCUCCCAGUGUCACACUGUUUCAGGCGAGUCUUUUCCCCGCUGCUGUGGUGUAUUUUGGCUCUGAUGUGAGAACAGAGUGUUAUCUGCGCAGUGAUUUGCUGGAUGGCAGUGUCUCCGCCCAGCUGGCAGAUGAGGUCAUCACGGGCUGUAUGCCGCGCUCUCCUCCUCCUCUCCUCCUCUCUUCAUCUGUGACCUCUGAAGAUGUUCUUGAAGACGAUGUGUCAUCAUCUGGUUCCUCCGGUCAGCAGAGGGCAGUGGAGGACGAGUCAGACUCUCAAAGCUCAGCGCACAAACCGGUGAAAACAGAUCCCAGUCAAGUACCCAAGUGGCUGAAACUGCCAGGUAAGAAGUGACCGUGGAGACGUGACUGAUGUCUGGACAGCUGUGCCAUGACAGAUGUACAUUCAUAUUUUCACUAUAAUUCACCGUGUGACAAAUAAAAUCCUGAUGUCAAUUGG